UAUUAUAUUACUGUCUCAAACAGCAAGAACUGAUAAACAUAAUAAAUCAACUAUCAAAACUAGAGUCCAAACUAGUCGAUCAAUUCAACCAAUCGGUUUCUCGCAACCGAAUGAAUAUGGCAUACGAAAUAAAGUUAUUUACCGCGCAAAUAUUGUUAAUGCUAAUUUAUUGUGUAACUAUUUAUAUCAAAUUUAAAGAGAUGAAUAAAUUGAUAAUUAUUUUUUCGGGUUUUAUUAUCAAUAUACUGUUGUUCCAGUAUGCACUUCUAAUUAAUUAUAUAAACAAACGACUAACUUAUAUGAAUGAGCUACUUUCAUCAUUAAUCAUGUUAUACGAUGUUGAUAAUAACUAUCGUGACAUAAUAUUUAUCACAAGCACGACUCAAGAUGACAUGAUUUUUAGAACCAUAAUUUUAGUACGAGAAUUGCAACGAAAGCUGUGUGAAAUAUUUAAAAGUUUGUCGAAAUUUUACUCACGGCCUAUUUUAAUUGGAGUUUUAUUAUUUUGCGUUAGACUAAUACAUUAUUCAUUUGUGUUUCUGAAACGAUUUUUUGGUACUAAGAGCAGAUUUGAUAUUGUUUUGUUGAUAAAGGAGCCAGCUACUGUGCUCAAGGAAAUAUUUAUCAUUGUGAUUUUGACACAUCAUAUGAAUCAAUUAACAUUAGAGAUGCGGAGAACUGGGGAAAUUAUCUACAAUAUAAUGGAUAGAUUUUCAAGACAUGGUGGAAUUCAAUCCGAAUUGGAGCAGUUUUCAAUCGAAGUCCUGCAUAGAAAGAUACCGAAUUCUGUUUAUGGAUUAUUUACAAUCGAUGGCUCUCUUGUAACAUCGAUUGUUCGGUCGACUAUUACGUAUAUGGUCAUCCUCGUUCAGUGUUAUGAUGUUUUCGACCCAGCUUCCCGGACAGAAGAUCUAUUGUCGAUUGAAAUUAACAACAAUUAUUCAUAUAUAUGUGACACUUCUUGCGCAUAAAUACCUAAAUAGGAAUCGCCAAGGCUGACUAUAGGCUGAGCCUUAGCCCUAUUCCCUGGUUGGAAGGAACCAUUGGCCAAAGCUUGGAUCAAGCCCUGGUCCGUUGUCAGCCAUUGCUCCUUGGCUUAGCGCAAGAUUUGGGUCAAGCCUUGGCUGACCAUUGGGCGAGCCAUGGUUCAAGCCUUGGAUGGUAGCCAUGUUCCAAGCCUUGGUAAACUAAUAUAUCAUGCCUCGGCCGAGUCUUGGGAAACGAAAAAUCGAGCCUUAGCCAAGGCCUGGGAAACAGAAAAUCAAGCCUCGGCCAAACCUCGGGGAACAAAAAAUUUAAGGCUCACCCAAUGCUCGAUCUAAAAUAUUAUUAUUUAAAUUAUUAAAUAUGAUUAAAAAAAAAGUUUGAUCACACUUUUAUCGACAUUACAUUGGAGUGUAAUUAACUAAUCACUGAAUUUAUGGGACAUAACGAAUAAAAUUAUUUCGGGGCUACCGGCUUUCGAACUGAGAUCCUUCUGAUUAUUAGGCCGGGACGCUAUCUACUGUGCUAAAUCUGAUAUUCAGAUAAUCAUGAUUUUUUUGCUUGUUAAUUAUUUAAAUACAAUUCAAUUCCGACAUAUUAGAUCGUAAAAAUGAAACGUAGUUUUAUUCAAUGAACUUCAAAUUGUCUGAUGAGUA